UUGUACCUCCUCCUCGUGGUGUUCUUCAUCGCCGGCAUCGGCUCGUCGCCCACCGUCGAUCCGCGGCAAUGAGGCCACCGCGCGCCGUGCUCGUCCUCGCCGCCGCCGCGGCGCUGCUGCUGCUGCUGCUCGCGCCCGCCGCGCGCGCCGACGGCGGCGGCGGCGGGUGCGGGGCCGACGGCGCGGGUGCGCCGGGCGACCGAGCGCGGGCCAGGGCGCUCAAGAUCGCGGCGUUCUUCUCCAUCCUCGUGUGCGGCGCGCUGGGGUGCUGCCUGCCCGUGCUGGGCCGCCGCGUGCCGGCGCUGCGGGCCGACGGCGACGUGUUCUUCCUCGUCAAGGCGUUCGCCGCGGGGGUCAUCCUCGCCACGGGGUUCAUCCACAUCCUCCCCGACGCCUUCGAGAAGCUCACCUCCGAGUGCCUCCCCGCGGGGGGGCCGUGGAAGGACUUCCCAUUCGCGGGGUUCGGCGCCAUGGUCGGCGCCAUCGGCACGCUCGUCGUCGACACCGUCGCCACGGGCUACUUCACGCGCCUCCACUUCAAGGACAGCGCCACCGCCGCCGCCGCCGCCGUCGGGGACGAGGAGAAGCAGCAGCAGCAGCAGCAGGCGACGGCCGCGGCGCCGCACGCCGGAGGGAGCGACGAUCGCGAGGGCCACGUGCACAUGCACACGCACGCGACGCACGGCCACGCGCACGGCUCCACGGCGCUCGUGGCCGCCGUCGGCGGCGGCGAGGGCGACAAGGAGCACGCGCUGCGCCACCGUGUCAUCGCCCAGGUGUUGGAGCUUGGGAUCGUGGUGCACUCGGUGAUCAUCGGCAUCUCCCUCGGCGCAUCGGAGGAACCGAGCACCAUCAAACCCCUGGUGGUCGCCUUGAGCUUCCACCAAAUGUUCGAGGGAAUGGGCCUCGGUGGCUGCAUCGUUCAGGCGAAGUUCAAGCUCCGGUCAAUCGUGACCAUGGUUCUCUUCUUCUGCCUGACGACGCCGGUGGGCAUCCUCGUCGGCAUUGGGAUCUCGUCGGUCUACAACGAGAACAGCCCGACGGCGCUCAUCGUGGAGGGCAUCCUCAAUUCGGUCGCGGCGGGGAUCCUGGUCUACAUGGCGCUCGUCGACCUCCUCGCCGAGGACUUCAUGAACCCCAAGGUGCAAAGCAGGGGCAAGCUCCAGCUCGGCAUCAACGUGUCCAUGCUCGUCGGCGCCGGGCUCAUGUCCAUGCUGGCCAAGUGGGCCUAGUCAUCACAUCAGUUCUUGUUCUAUGUACAACAGAGGAACUAAUUCUUGCAGCAAAGGAAAGAGGACGUAGAGUUGCUUUUGCAGUUUGCCAAUAAUCUCAUCCUAAGCUAACUACCGUACUGAGAGAGCUUCAA